UUCAAUGCUGUUUAGUCGUUUAGUUACUGCAGUGCCAAGCGGUCGUAAAGGCAUAGUUGAGGAUCGGUUUGUUGUGUUCUUGUAUGUGGAAAGGGAGCGAAGGCCAUAAUUGGCGUAAUAAAUUCAAAAAACAGAAAAUUUAUUAUUAUUUUGUUACUAUAUUGCACUAAUUAAUUACUCGUCUCAACGGUACCUUGCGCUGUCAACAAAAAUUUAACAAUAAAAAUACAGCGCCAUGACUUGUGCAACGUCCACAGUGAAAUUUUUAGCCUUUCUAAUGAAUGUGCUCUGCUGUAUAGCGGGCGCUUUCAUGUUAUCGGCCAGCGCUUACUCCUUGGUGCAAUUCGACGCCAGCGAAUCCAUUAAGAUACCCUGUAUUAUGGGCGUGGUGUUGGGCGGUUUGCUCUUCGCCACCACCAUAGUGGGCUGCUGUGGCGCCAUACGCGAGUCGCCACACACUAUUUUGGUUUAUGCCAUCUUUUUGCUGCUGCUGCUGCUCGCACAAAUCGCCGUCAUCUUCGCGCUACCCAUAGACUUCUCCAAAUUAGCCGAGGAGACGAUACAGAAUGCUUGGAAUCGGCAGAUGAGCGAUGACGCCAUGGAUAAUUAUCAAAUUAGAUACGAGUGUUGUGGCAAAAAUGGACCCAACGAUUACAUCGACAGUGGUCUAUCCAUACCUACGAGCUGUUAUCUCAACCGCAAGACAUCCAUUCCAAAUGAUCUCUACACAGCUGGUUGCGUAGGGAAGUUAACUCAAGCCUUUGCUAACGGAUCACGUAUUGAAAUAAUCAGCGAUUGGACGUUGGUGGGCGUGGAGGGUGUUACCAUAAUUGUCGCAUGCAUUCUGGGCAUCAAUUUCAAAAACGUGGAAAGAAGGCGCUAUUACUAGUAGAUUAUUACUUAAACUGCAUAAAUUUCAUACCAAAGUAUUAGGCAUUACAAAAACCUUAUCCACCUCAGUCGGGUCUAAACCACUAGAACGGUCACGGAUUAUUAUUCGGCCAAGGACCAUUCCUGGAAAUUACUUCAGCAAUAUUUUCUGCCGCUACAACAACAACAAAAACAGCAACAUUAGAAAAACAUAUGUUAAUACUGUGUUGAGUGCAAAUAAUUAAUUUUUAGUACUCAGCAGCUUCUAUUUGAAUAAAAUUUUUUCAAAUUUGUUUUGUGAA